AUGGACACAAUCCAGGUGGCGGAGGAGCCUACGAGCGUGAAGCGUGAGCGCUCCCCAAGCCCAGUGCCUGAGGGGGAGAAUCGCGACAUCAAGCGCCAGGCGGAGCCGUCAUCUGCAGUCGUCCGCACACCUCCAGAGUUCCCGUGGCGAACCUGCCAGAAGCUCAGCGCUGUCGAGCGGCUGAAAAUCAAGGAAAAGGCCGUCGCGCAGGCUCAAGUGGAUUGCGAGAAGAUCCGAAAUGUCUUGGAGAUGGCUCUCUACCGACUAUCAAAGGAUCCCGACACCAAAGACGCUGUCAUGAUGGGUCAGAACAUCAUCAUGGAGUGGCUGAAGGAAUAUGAAAUUGUCUACAAGAAACACGAAACCCUUCAGAUCCUCGUAGGCGUUGAAGGGCCUACCGGUGCAGGGAAAUCGUCGUUCCUCGGGUCACUGCUGCGUAUUCCGGAGUUGUUUCCAUCUGGUCAGGAAGCAGCGGCCACCGCUGUCGUCGGCAAAAUCUCCUGGAAUGACGUGGAUGAUCCCGAAUGUGCCUUCCGAGCCAACAUUGUCCUGCGAAAGAAAGAAGACAUCGAGAGUGAUAUUGAGUCACUGCUUACAGAGCUCAAUCGCUAUUCAUCUCUUAUGGCGAACACGUCCGAAGGACAGGACGGCGAAGAGGCUCUCAGUGUCGCCGAUCAGAAAACAGAGUGUAAGAACAAGAUUGGCUACGAACUACCCAAGAUCAGAGCUGUCUGGGGCAUCGAGAAGCGCGACCUAGAGAACAUGGCUAGUAGGUGCCCUGAGAGGCGAUCAUACUCCGAGACUGUCAAGAGUAUUCUGAGCAGAAACAACCGGGCUCUGAAUAUGCUCGAAAAGGGCACCUUGCAUGUCAGCAGGCCCACCGCUAAGCAAAUCUCAGCUUUGAUCAAGCCUUACCUGGACUCCACUACUGUUCAGGUGGGAUCAAGUGUCACUUAUGCGGUUUGGCCUCUCGUUGAGGAGGUUCAUAUCUACGCCAAAGCAGAUAUUCUCAAAGCUGGCAUUACGCUUGUCGAUCUCCCUGGUUGCGGCGAUGCGACAACCAGUCGCUCCGAAGUUGCGCAAAAGUUUUCCAAUCAACUCGAUGUUCGAAUGGUAGUAAGCCCCAUCAUUCGAGCGACUGAUGAAAAGCAGGCCCAGUCGCUCAUGCAGAGUGGAUUUGAUGAAGCGCAAAUGAGAAUUCGUGGCAAGCUUGAUGGAAAUGGUUUCGGCGUCAUCGUUUCCAAGAUGGAUGAGCUCAAGGUUGACUCGUAUAUUUCUGGCUGCGAAGAGCUUCGUGGUGAUCAGGAAAUCCUUGAAAAGGAAGCCAGAAUCGAUGAACUCAAGACAGAAAAGUCCACCCUCAAGUCUCAGAAUGGACGAUUGAAAGACAACAAGAAGCGCGCCGAAGCUUGGAAGAAGAGGGCAAAGAAUCUGUACCAGAAAGCUAUGAAGAAACACAAACAGACACUUGAAGUGAACCCGACCGAGAGCGAUGAGGAAGUCAAGAAACUCCGAGGCACCAUGGACACAAAGGACCAAGAGUUCGAAGCAGCGGACAAAGCGCUUGACCAGCACCAGUUGCGCCUGGGCCAAAUUGAGAAUGAGUUGGCGUACCUGAAGCACUGGCUUCAUCAUCGCGCGAGCCAGACUCGUAACAGACGAGUCAAGAAGCGCAUGCGGGACGACUUCAUCACUAGACAGGCUGAGUAUGAAGAUGUCGCCCCAGGUAAAACAUCUCAUUCUCACCAAGAAUAUGUGCUUCCCAUCUUUCCUGUAUCAACCAAGGCUUUCUGGCAACUGCAAAACAGGGAAGCGCCAUUGGAAGGAUUUCCCACCCCCAGAUUUACUGGAAUCCCUGCUGCAGAGCAAUGGCUGCAUCGAGCCACCUUGAGAAAGCGUGAAAAGCACCUCGACGAAACCCUGGAUGGCUACCAGAGCCUCAUGGCGAUGAUGAGAAUCUAUUCUCAGACAAGCGGCGGCGAUGGAAACUUCAGCUUCAGCAGGUCUGAAGUAGAGACUGCACUGGCUGAGACCCAUCAGAUCUAUGCUUCUAAACUGUCCGCCAAACUGGCCGAAGCCUGCGUCAUGAUUCAAGAACUUGAUCCCCUUGAGCAUCGAGGUCGCGCCAUGAAAAGAUUUCUGAACGAGGCGAGAAGGAUUGUUCAGCGAUGGGCAUACAAGUUCCCCGACGAUACCACGAGCACCAUACGAAUGCACUGGGGCACAUACUAUGCCAACAUCUGCCGUUAUGGAGCAGAGUAUAAGAGCUACACAAGCCCUAGGGUGACCUAUAACUGGAUGAACAGCCUCGCUUCGCCAGUUCUGAAGACUCUUGGGAAAGACUGGGACAACAAGAUGAACAAGAAGUUGCCCAAGAUCCGGAAGCCCAUGAUGGCCGCUUUCUCCGAGAUAUUCAAGGAAUAUCUCGACCAGCUCCAGAAAGACAUCAGCACAAAAGUGCCAUCCCUUGAAGUGAGCUUCAACAAUAUGAAACCCAUUCUCAGCGCUUCUCAGCGAGCGACGGCGAACAGGAUUCGAGGCACCAUUGACGAACUGUCUCAAAAGGCUUCCAAUGUCGCAUUUGAUUCAGUCGAUUACCUGAAAGAAGAAAUGAAGCCCACUUUUCAAGAGUGUAUUGAGACUGAGGGCAUUGGUUCCUAUCGGAGACGAAGAGAGAUCAUCAAUGAGAAGGUUGAGCAGGAUGUACAGCCCAUGUGCAACGAGAUGCUGAACCGUCUCGCUGACGGCCUGGCUGAAAAGAAGGCCGAGGUGCCCGGCCAACUGGUCCUCAUUGCAGUAGAGGCCGUCAAAAACGUGAAGCAACAACUGUCUUUCCUGGUGAACAAUCUCGUGGAGAACUCCUCGAACGGUUCUGAGAGAAACGUCCAGAAAACCGAGCUACAGACGAAAAUCCGAGAACUAGUCGAAGCUUGGGAGGAUUCAUGGGCCGAGAAAGGAGACUACCCUGAGCACAUUCUCGAUCUGGAUCUCAGCAUUCCAGAAGAGAUUCCGGCGCCCAUUGCGUUCGAUGAGGAGAACCAGGACGACUUCGAUCUUGACAUGUUCGACGACGAGGACGUGGGAGACACGGCUUAA